AUGGAGCUGUAUAUUAAUACUCAAGAUGAAUUUCUGGGCAAUGCUCUUCAGGCCGCUUCAAUAGGAGAGGGUACCAAGGUUGUGCAAAUGCUAUCGGAGAAAGUAGCCGAUCUCAAUGCUCAAGAUAGGCAGGCUGAGGUCAAUGCUCAAGAUGGACAUUAUGGGAAUGCUCUCCAAGUUGCUUCUGCGAGAGCAAAUGAAAAGACACAGCGAACUCUAUUUGAUGAGGAGGCUAAUGUCGAUAUUUUAUACGACUAUCCCUGUAAAGAGCAAUAUGCAAGUUUUCCUGAAGAACAGGGCUGA